CAGCUGUUAAGAUUUUACUCCUCGGGCCUCAUGUCGAAUUAUCACCCACGAUAGCACCACCGUCCCCUAUUUUUCAGGUACGGCAACCGUAUUACCAAUUCCUUCGACACAAUGGAUGCGCAUGCGCUCCUUUCCGCCCAAGGAUGGCGCGGAACAGGCCAUUCUCUACAUAAAACGGACGACGCAAUUGGUCUGGCGAAGCCUCUACUACUCAAUCGAAAGACAAACACCAAGGGUCUUGGAAAUACAAAACACUUCACAAGCGAUCUAUGGUGGAUGGACGCCUUUGAUGAACAGCUCAAGGGUCUCGACACGUCCAAGAAAGGCAAAGUCGAGCAGACCGUAAAGACUGGGAAACUCAAUGCGCUCGACCCUGGAAGCGUAUCAAAAUACUCCAUCUACGCCUCCUUUGUUCGAGGAGGCUUCCUUGAGGGAACACUUAGCACAUUGACAACGGACGACUCGACUAGCACGGAGUCUGAUGACAGCGACGAGAAGAAGAAGACAGAGUCCACGAGGACAAAAUCCACAAAGUCGAAGAAAGAAACCAAGGAAGAGAAAAGAGCUCGGAAAGAGGAGAAGAGGAAACGGAAAGAGGCGCGUGCCCUAAGAAGAGCAGCAAAACUCGAGAGGAGGUUGAAAAGAGCCGAGGCGAAGAAAGAUACGUCAGACUCCAGUAGUAGUGUGGCAGGGGACAAAGCGCUUGGGCGUGCUCAGAAGGAGGAAAAGCGACGGAGGAAAGAAUUGAAGAAGAUGAAGGCUUCGGGUGGUUAAUGUGGAAAAUAGAAUAACAGGAUCACAUAUGGCGCAUUAGCAGGGAGUUUGGUUAUCUUUUUUCAAGCACAGGGAAUACCCAAUAGACAGCGUUUCAUGUUUGUAUUUCUUUGGACGCCUUGCCCGGCUGUCCUGGCUUGCCCGACAAGAUCCAGGGCCGUCUAUCCCAAAAUUCAUCCUUGAUGAUGUCCAAGUGUUCCACCACCACCUUUGCCUUGGCCCUGCGCUUCUUGUCCUU